CGUUAUCAUCCUAUGCAUCUAACGGGUUUCACAGUCAAGAAAAUAUUCUGUCACCCAUUGUACUAAUAAAGAUGGAAAGAGAGAACCUCGUUUUCAAAGAUGUGUAGCGACGGUUGCAUCCGAAGGAACUCAAACCUAUUUAAUUGCAAGCGAAGUGAAAGUAAAUUUGCGGACUCCGACACGAAGACUGAGCACAAUGAUCAGGUGUUAUAAAUGGUCAAUGAAAUUUUUCGGCUUUCUCUGUAUUUAUUUACGAACCGUUUCAAUGCUGUUGCAGGACGAUCCCUCGUCCAUACGAAUAAGUAUCGGUUAGACUAGUAGCAGUGUUCUGUUGCUGUGUCUUUUAUAACGCGAUAAUGCGUUUUCAUUAUUUUCUCGUGUUUAUACUGUAUGCAACUGCGACGCGCGUCGAUGCUGAUGCAUGGAAUGCUCUAAGAAGAUUUACGCGUUUCUGGCAGAGGAACAAUUUUCGUACGAACGAAACGUUGCCGCAGAAUUUGCCAGAGAGUACAUUCAAAUCGUCUAACAUUGGCCGAGAAAAACGCAUCUUUCCAUUGUUUACCGUGGUGAGGUUCGACAAUAACAUUUGCGCUGGAUUAAGCGGCGAAAAUGGUACCUGCGUGGCAGCAUCGGAAUGCUCGCAACGUGGUGGCGUGUCUAGUGGGAUUUGUGCGAACGGUUACGGGGUUUGUUGCAUCGUAACUGUAUCUUGCGGUGAAACUAUUGGUGUUAACAACACUUAUUUCGUUAAUCCGAAUUAUCCGUCGAAUUUCGACAGCACAGAGUCUUGUCAGUUGACUCUCGUCAAAACGCAUCCGUCCGUGUGCCAGUUUAGAUUGGAUUUCAUGCUAUUUAACAUAAGGGGACCGGAAGCUACGAACAAUCAGUGCAUUUAUGAUCAGUUCAUCGUGUCUGGGGGAAACCCGGUGCCUCCUAUUUGCGGUAUCAACACUGGAAAUCAUAUUUACGUCGAUGUUGGUAUCGGGCAAACAAAUCCUGUCACGCUAACGUUCGUCACAAGCGGAAGCCCUUUCGCUCGAUCCUGGAAAGUCCGGGUAUCCCAAAUUCGUUGCGAUACCAUAUACAGGGCCGAGGAAGGCUGUCUACAAUAUUUUACCGGCAUAUCCGGACAGAUCAAAUCGUUCAAUUACGAUCCAAACACAGGGCUGCAACUGUCGAAUCAGGAUUACAGUAUUUGCAUACGAAUGGAAAGGAACUUUUGCGGAAUUCAGUACAUGGCGUGCACAGCCGAUGGUCAAUCGAUGGUAACGACCGGUGCAACUCCGGCCGGGCAAAUGAUGCGAAAUAGCGCGUUCACGUUGACGGGAAAUACGCAAGGAACGCAAAUCGCUACGAUGACAGGGGCUGCCUGCCAAACCGACUGGUUGACGAUUCCGUGUGCAUCGAACUCUGGUAAACUACCGACCGCGAUGAUGACUUGUAUCGAUCGUAUUUGCGGCGGGACGUUCAACUCGGAGAAUCAAAGUUUGAACUCGUCUUCCGUCGUCAGCACGGUGAAACCGUUCAGAUUAAUUUUCCAUACGGACAGUACCGAAGCACCGAACGACGUUGGAAACAGAGGAUUCUGUUUGAAUUACGUGCAACAACCUUGCACGACCAAGUUGCGAUGAAUUUCUGUUCGCUGAUACUCGAUCGGAUCGUGUAUACUGAUACAUGUACACAGGAAGCGUGGACCCGGCGAUAAGGAGCUGCGACCGAUUUCCAUCGAAUCGAAUAACGACCAUGGAGGGAGAACGGCGGGAUAACGGGAAGUGAAUGGACGCCGGAGCAUCCGCUGGAGAUCGCAACGAACUCGAGGAACGAGAAUAGAAUCCGUUUAAGCGUGUGCAGCAUGGAAGUGCCGCGAGCGAGCGGGAGGGAAAUGAAAUCGUUCGGAACGUGUUCCGUCUCACCGAUGAAUCCCUUCUUCGCGAGCUCCAACGUGAAUCUUCUGGUGAUCUUCUCGAGCUCGUGUUCGGAAUACAAUUUUGGAUUAAUCUUGAUACCGGCUUUGGCGCCUCCGAAGGGGACGUCCACGCAGGCGCAUUUGAACGUCAUCAGCGCGGACAGAGCCUUCACCUCGUCCCUCGAAACGUCCAUCGAGAAACGGAUACCUGAAACGAUUCGACGAUUCGUGAAAUGAUUCGACGAUGCGAACAACGGACAGCAACAUUUUCGAUACGAUCUUGCCAGAUCAUGCCGCGAUCGUGCUAAAUAUAUACACGGCUAUAGCCCGGAUAUAUAACGGAACGAAUGCGCGGAGCGGCAAUUUUUGUUCUCGGAGAGAAUACGAUCGAUAAAUAACGCGACUCGUGCAAGAAUGCUCCGCGCGUUUGUUCGAGUCGCGGGAUCGUUUUUACGAUCGGCCGAUUACAAAGCGUCGCGAAGCUCUCGUCGCUCGCCGCGAGCCAGUCGGUGGAAAAGGGUUUCGCCUCGCGGAAACAUCGUUAUCUAAAAUUAGCUUUCGGUUUCGUCGACAAUUACGCAAUAACCCCGACUGCCGAGCCUUUCUAGAGCCCCGAGAAACUCGAAAUUCAUUCCGUUUUCCGAAGGUCGCGCGCGAUAGCGAUCGCGCACCAGCAUCCAGGCGAACCGUGCACUUAACUUGACGCCGGCACGUGCCAAGCCGUAAUUGCAUCCAGCAAUCAUUCCGUGUAUUAUAAUGUCGUGUGCCGUCGGUUGAUUCGCGACAAAGCCAGCGAGCGAAGGGUUUAUUUUUAUAGCGGAAAGAAGCGGCGCGGAAACGAAUGGUCGUCGAUCGGUGAAAACGCGGGCAGCGGCGUAUACUGUAUACUACAUAACAUACAUAUUACGCACGCGUUAUCGUUCGAAAAUAGUCACACGACGACAGCUACAUAGUCAGAGUCCUGCCCGUAGUCGGGCGACCUCGUUAAUGACUUUGGCAAACAACAGCUGGAAGAUAAGACGCGAGUAUUCGGGCGCGGCUUGAUUUUUCAAUCUGUCGGUCGAGAAACGUGGAAUUUCGAGUACCCGCGAACACGAUAAUCCACGAUCGCGGCCAAGAUCGAUGAUUUUUCCAAUUGCGGCCCGACGUUGCUUGCGAGAUCGCGAAGUAUUUCGAUGAGAAACGUUGAACAACGAAUUCGAUGUAGGAGAAGGAGGCGCGUUAAAUAGAUGAAAUUAAAUAGAUAUCGCAAUUAACGAGACACAGUUCGAACGCGGGUGAUCCCGCGUAGAUCAAGAGCGCGCGAGAGAAGAAAAUAUGGAUGAUUUAUCGAGCUCGGGGCUAGGCACGCGGGCCAUUGACCCGAAGACAUCGUGACAUUGGCACGAGAUACCGGCGAUCGCCAAAACUCUCGAUUUAAAAUGCGAAUCAGCGUUUGUCAGGUUGGUUACCUAACGUUUGGCAGCUCGGCCGACGAAAAUGGUAGACAGCUUGGCAUCGGACACACACAGCGUCACUUUGCUCGUCGAAAUAUCUUCUAACUAUACAGCGAAAAAUGAUUCAAUCUCCUUGCGCGUCAUCCUCUGCCAUAUUUCGAGUAGGCGAACGACAAAGAUAACGAAGAGAACCGCGAUGCGACCGAUGCAUAACCGAAGCAGAGCCGAAGCAACGAGGCACAGGUGACUGUGCCUCGUAAGGCGGGAUAAACAAAGUAAUUAUAAUGAUCGAUCGAUGACUAGCCGCGUGGAACGAUCAUCCAGCAGAAUCUGUUUAUUUGGCUAGCGAAACCAUUCCUCCCGCGAUCCUCUAGCACGCGCGCGAGAUCACCUCUUUGCUAAUCACGAGCUCGUACAAAUUUACAUCAAGGAGAUAACGCGAUGCGGACGAACGGACGGGCGAACGAACGAACGAACGAACGAACGAACGAACGAACAUUUUUCCCGAUGGUCGGUUUCACCAAUUAAAAAAUUUUGUUCGCACGAACAGCAAAUUAAAACCGAGCGCGCCUUAAUCGGUGUAACGUAAUCACCGUGGACAGGGUUUCUCCGAAACGCGGACCAAACAUAAACGUUCGCGCGUUAUCGUUCUGAAAAUUGCUCGUAAUUUGAUAAGAGAAGGUAAUAAGAGAGCUUCUUACUACGUGAGCUACGUAACAGCAAUUCUAUUAUUUUCGUCUAAUGCAAGUACCGGCAACGAUAAUAGAACGGUAAACGUCGAAUAAAUGCAAAUACCCUGAUUCAUAGACUCGUUAAUAAAUAUAUCGAAUAGACGAGAUAGCGGGAAUGAUAUCGCCGGCAAGAGCGACGAACUGUUAUUAUUAUAUAGUGCUCCCUAAGAAGAACGGAAUCGAGGUAAUAAGGAAAUCGCUUUAACCGAAAGUGGAUCGAAUUGAAAAUAUCGAAAUACCGAUCGAUGAAGACUGGUCGAUUCGUGUCGAUUACGUCAUAAACUACGUACUGUAUUAUACAUAUUCAAAUGUUUCCCCGCGUUAAUUUUAUGCGACUCGAGUCACGUGUUUGCGAGUGUUGAUAUUCUACAUUGUAAUUGCGGUAAAACAAGUAAUCGAUCGGUAGUUGAACACGAACAGAAAGUUGCAAAUAUUCAUCCGAUAAAUUUGGCGGGCGUAAUUUUCUUCUCUAUGUGGAAACGAGGUUAAAACCGUGUUGUAUAUCGUGUGCGUCCGAAGCCGUAAAAUCGACCUAAGUGUCGCGAGUUUAAUCGCGUACGCUCGGCAUACGAGAAUACCUAAAAGUAACCGGCAAAACGGAGCUUGACCGGGGGAACAUCCGCGAAAGAACAUCCUUUCUGGACAUCCAGCACGAAUUUCAUCCGAUUCGCUGUCGUGCACGGAACGUUUCGAUGCCGUCAUCGAUGACGUAAUUAAUAUGCGCUUAGCAAUAUCGGAUUCAAACGGCAGCGAGCGCUCGCCUGAAAAAGAUAGGAACAACCGGCUCUGUUCGAGAAUUAGGCCGAAAAACAAUGAAAACACAAGGGUUAUCGUUGAUGCGGGCAUGGUGAAAACAACAGUCGGUUUCAGUGAUUUUACCUCCUUUGCAAGGUGUUCUAUGGGUCGAAUGCUGAGCACGAUAACCGGUGAUCAUCUCAUAGUCGCCAGAGUCGCGUCUCAAGGGGAACACUGUCUCGAGGAUGUGAUCACAUGGUUCCAUCAGCAUCAGAAUACCCUUCACCUUUUUCUUUCUCUCCUCGACGCUCAUCCUAGAACGUUUGCCGAUAUCUUCGACCAGCUUGUCCUCGACGAUCUGACAGGCACGGUGGAAGAAGUAUUCGACCAUGUCGAAGAACUUUGGAUUAGGAUCCGUUGGAAUAUCCUUGAGACGAUCGGGUAUCUGAUGGUCGGCGUAACCGCGUGCUUGCAACGCCGGCAUAGUGCGUAUUAGCGUCUUGUGAAUAAUAUCAUUGUUUGUCGGUACUUGUUUCAACGCGAUCGACGACCUCGUUAAUCUUCUUACGUGAAACAUUUUCCGUCGUUCGAUCCUCUGGACGUCCACCGAUAGUUCAGGCUUCCGCUGUCAACCGAAACACCAAAAGACUAUGACUAUGUGGCUCGUGUAGCGUACUCGACUCUUACUGUACCCGUACUCGUACUCUCCCCGAAUGCCACCGAAUGCCCAAUCCCAGUUCUUCCUACUAUGUACCGCCAGAACCACCGCUCUCUCUCUCUCUCUCUCUCUCUCUCUCUCUCUCUCUCUCUCUCUUUCUCUCUCUCUCCUCGCUCUCUUUUUCUUUCUCUAUUCCCCUCUUCCUCACUCGUCCUCAGUCACGCCUGUGUUCCUCGCGAUCCCGUCACCCCGUCGAUACUCCGUCUCUCAGCCGACUGCGCGAGCUAACGUCUUCCUUUAAUACCGAUCGAAACAAUCUAGCCUUUCCUCCACGUUCCGGAUUCCGGACACGACUCUUCCGUGCUUCUACCACACCUUACUCCGUUCUUUGCCGACCAGUGCUGGCCAACCAGUCCAAUCGUUGUAAUUUCAGAGCCAAAAGAUCUAGCCAAUCGUCGAAAUUUUCUGAGAAACCAGACCUCCAACGAAAUUCUACCGACGUUCCCCUAGUAAAUCUGCUUACCAUCGGUUCGGUUCGAAACCGAAACAUGUAUCAACCAUAAACGAGGUGUACGAGUAGACCGAU